UUCGGUCGCCGGAUGGUCAAAGCGUAAACGGAAAAACGCCCCCCAAAUUUCCUCGGUUUCAUUCUGGAAUCGCCAGGAAUUCGAAAGGGGAAGCAAAGCCUGAAGCCUCCAGGCGCACGCCACGAUUUCCCCGGAGCAAAUUUCGCCCUCCGAGUCCCGGCGCUGCCACCCCCAUCCACCGACCUAGCCCCCGCCGGGAGCGAAGCGGGAGGAUGUCUCCUGCGGCGGCGGCGGAGGCGUCGUCGAAGCGGCAGGCGGAGCUGCUCAAGCAGGAGGGCAACGGCUUCUUCAAGAGGGACCGCAUCAGCGCCGCCAUCGACGCAUACACCGGGGCCAUAGCUCUCUGCCAAAAUGUUGCAGUAUAUUGGACUAAUCGGGCACUAUGCUUCAAGAAGCGAAAUGAAUGGGAUAGGGUUGAGGAAGAUUGUAGAAGGGCUAUCCAGCUUGACAGCCACUCCGUUAAGGCACAUUACAUGCUUGGGCUUGCACUUCUGAACAAGCAAGAAUUGGCUGAAGGAAUAAAAGAACUAGAGAAGGCUUUGGAGCUUGGAAGGGGUGCACAUCCUACAGGCUACAUGGUUGAAGAUAUCUGGCAAGAGCUUUCUAAAGCAAAAUACAUUGAAUGGGAAAGCCGUUCAAAAGAGCGGUCCUCCCAAUUGCAUAGGCUGAAGGCAGCAUGUGAAUCAGCUCUUAGGAACUAUAACAGUGUUGACAAUCCAACUGCAGAUGUGUGUCAAGAGCAUCUAGUAGAGCUAGACGAAGUUUUCAGGAAAGCUGCGAAGACUGAUACUCCAACAGAAAUUCCUGACCAUCUCUGCUGCAAGAUUACACUUGAUGUCUUCAGAGAUCCAGUGAUCACUCCAAGUGGAAUCACCUAUGAGAGGUCUGUGCUUCUUGACCAUCUAAACAAGGUGGGGAGAUUCGACCCUGUGACCCGCGAAGCGCUUGAGCCACACCAGCUGAUCCCAAACCUCGCCAUGAAGGAGGCUGUAGAUGUAUUUUUGGGCGAGCAUGGUUGGGCUUACAGGGCGAGGUGAUUGAUCUGAACAGUUUGGGUUUUGUUAGGGUACAUCUGGGCUGGAACAGGUGAGAUUGACAACACAUAGAGUUUUGAUUGAUAGUUCGUCGAUGGCGUCAAAGGAAAGAUGUACAUAUAUAUUUUGUAUGUACUGCUUUUAAAUUGGAUCUGGAACCAUACAUACAUGGAACAUCUGAUGACUUCCUGUGUAAAACAAACUGUGGAGGAGCUGUGGAACUGUUAUUAACUCUUUUUUUUUGUCUAUCUGUCUUUUCUGAACGUUUA